AUGGCUGGCAAAUUUGCCGUCAGGUCUUUAGACCAUCUGGUCCUCACAGUCCGCAAUAUUCCCAAGACCGUGGCAUUCUACACAACCUACCUGGGCAUGCAGCAUGAGAUCUUUACCUCGCAAACUAAUCAGACGGUGCAGAGACAUGCCCUUAUCUUUGGCUCCCAAAAGAUCAAUCUCCACCAAUCGGGCAAGGAAUUCGAACCCAAGGCCCAGGAUGUUAUGCCAGGGAGCGCCGAUUUGUGCUUCUUGACCGACGAGAACGUGGAACAGGUCCUGAAGGUGUUUCAAGAUGCUAGGAUUUUGGAAGGCGCUAAGGUGGUCGAAAGAACUGGGGCGGUUGGGAAGAUCCGCAGUGUCUACGUGAGAGACCCUGAUGGCAAUCUUAUUGAGUAA